UCCAAAUACUUAUUAUUAUGAAUACUUGUGCCACGUAAACGUACUGAGAAGGUGCAAGGGUACGGGGUCAGAGUUCGAUUGUCGUAUAGAGGAAGUUGUUGGCUGCAUUGCUGCUGGGAAACGGAGCAACCAGGAAGUAGCGUUGCUAUUAUGUGAGCAUUGAAUGUGUUUUUCAUUGCAAGGGAAUUUCUGUGAUUAUAGUAGAACUUCUGUUUAAAAUGCACACGUGGAUUUGUCCCAAUUUAGCUCUAACAUAAAGUCGUCGGUAUCGUGAUGUUAGUUUUUUUUUUGUUUGUUGUUUAAACGAAAUUCAAAGACAUCAAAUCCCAGAAGUGAAGCUCGGUCUUCACAGCACUGAAUGGACAUUGUUUACUUAACAUAUGCAUUUUGUAUAUUUUAAAAACGAAAGUGUUCUAUAUAAAUAUCGUAACAAAUGUUAAAUUAUUGGCAGUGUGUGAAAUACAAACAGAAAAUCUUCCCUUUUCUGGACUAUUUUAAAGUUUAUGGCUAUGUUUCAUUUUGGGGAUCUUCGGGAACUGAAGGAAAACGCUCCAAUGCACGGAGUGUGUAGCUUACCCAGAGUGUAAAGCUCACAAGCAACAUAUUUUAAUUGGAUGUCUGUCAGUGCAAUGGACACAAUGAGUGGCAAACUUGGGCUUAUUGACCUGAAGUACAACAACUCCAGGAAACACAUUUCCAUCAGCAUCCCCUCCAAGACUGAAGACAUGUCACCACAUAUCAAGUCUGUGGAUGAACUGCGAGUCCUGGGAAUUAACCUAAGCAGUUUCAGUCAACCAGCCCAGUUUUCAAUUUGCGUUGUUGGUGUCUUUGUGUUUUAUUUAAUCUAUGGUUAUCUGCAGGAACUAAUUUUUUCCGUGGAAGGGUUUAAGCCAUUUGGAUGGUACCUCACUUUAGUGCAAUUUGGUUUUUACUCAGUGUUUGGAUUGGUAGAGCUUCAACUCACACAGGACAAGAGCAGAAGAAUACCAGGAAAGACAUAUAUGGUGAUAGCCUUUUUAAGCGUGGCUACAAUGGGUUUGUCAAAUACAUCAUUGGGCUAUCUGAAUUACCCCACGCAAGUCAUCUUUAAGUGCUGUAAACUCAUUCCUGUUAUGAUAGGGGGAGUUUUUAUACAAGGAAAGCGCUACAAUCUUCUUGAUGUGUCUGCAGCAGUAUGCAUGAGUUUGGGUCUAAUUUGGUUCACUCUGUCUGACAGUAAAGUAGCCCCCAACUUCAAUGUGACAGGAGUGCUGCUCAUUUCCCUCGCUCUCUGUGCAGAUGCUGUGAUAGGAAAUGUGCAAGAAAAAGCAAUGAAGCUACACAAUGGUUCUAAUUCUGAAAUGGUUUUAUAUUCCUAUUCAAUAGGGUUUGUGUAUAUAUUAGUGGGCUUGUCCUGCAUUGGUGAACUGGGUCCUGCGGUGGCAUUUUGUGCUCAGCAUCCAGUGAAGACCUAUGGUUAUGCAUUUUCCUUUUCGCUCACUGGAUAUUUUGGAAUUUCAUUUGUACUUGCAUUGAUCAAGCUGUUUGGUGCUCUUGUUGCUGUUACAGUGACAACAGGGAGAAAGGCAAUGACGAUCGUGCUUUCAUUUAUGUUCUUCUCGAAGCCUUUCACAAUUCAGUAUGUGUGUGGUGGGCUUCUGGUUGUCUUUGGAAUCUUCUUGAAUGUAUACAGCAAAAACAUGGACAAAAUGAAGCUGCCCUCACUGGCUGAUAUAGGACAAAGAAUCAUGUCAGGCAAAAAGACAAGGCCAUUGUCACAAACAGUUUAGACAGUGAUUUAUGAUUGUCUGCCGUCUGAUUUUUCACAGUCCCCAGCAAUGUGGGAUUUCUGUGUCCAAAGGAAACAUUCCUGAAAACAAAAAAGGCACAAAUGGAGGUAUGCCCACCAGUGACUUGAAAGGGGAUGGUUUAUCCGGCCGUGUGGCUCAGUGCAUCAUGGAUAUCAAAUGGAGACUAAUUUUAUUAUUUUUUUUUAACCUUAUUAACUGGUAUAAGGGAACAAUAGACCUACUGUGGGGUGUAAUUGUUGUUUUAUUUUGUAACAUCUCCAGUGUCAGUUAUUUGAACAUUCAAUUUCAUAUGCAUCCAGUGCUUUUUGAGUUUUGGUUUUAUUUUUUUUUUUGUGUGUUUUUUUUUCUGUCGAAAUAAAAAAAUUCAAAAAUUAAGUUCCAGAGAAUAAUUUCUCUACAUCAUGGGAAUGUAAUGCAGAAGAACUUUUGAAAUGCGUUAGUUAACAUGCUCAAAGUGUGCAUUUGUUUGUAAUGGCCGACGGCUUUUUCUGUUGUUGAAAUUAUGUCAAAUAAACUAUGGAAAAGUACAUACACUUCAAAGGAUUGACAUUAAGUUUAGUAUAUUUCCCUGAAAACCUUAUUUAAGACAUCUUUCUAUACACCCAACUUGUCUGAACACUUGCACAACUUCAACAAAGAACCUAUCCAGUCAAAAUUGUUACUAGGCUUUUGAGUGGGGCUUUGCCUUGUCACACCAGUAAUCCCUGAAACCACUGAUGGUGACUAACAUAACUUGUUUAACUUUGAAUUUAAAAAAUUUAAAGAUGAUAUUUAUUAUAAGUGAAGACCACACGAACAGCAGUGCGGAAGUUCAGAUUGUACUCUGUAGUCCCUAAGAUAAUUGGGUUAGGCAGUAAACCCUUACAGGUAUGCUAGCAAUUAAGUGUAUUCAAGUAAGUACAGCAUUGCAUUGUUACCUGUUUUACUUGACAUUUUAUUUCGGUUUGGAUUACCGUAUAUGGAAAUUUGAAUUUGGACUAAUAAUUAAGCUGUCAAAUUCUGUUUAUAAAAUCGACUGGUUUGUUGGCUUUUGAUUGGUUUUCUAAUUAUUUUUUUAACCAGACUACUUUGAAACAUGACUGUUUUAAUGUGUAGCAUGUAUGCAUGAACAGGCUUGUUAUUAAAGGGUUUAUAGUUGUGAAAUAAAUCUUACCUGUCAUGCACUUAUUUUCUCUACAUACAUGCAGGUCUCAUACAGUCACAUACAAGAGUACUGCACCCUAUGUUUAUUUUACCAUAAUUCAUGGUAACUGAUUAAGGACAGUCAUAUAGUAAACUUUAAUCACUUUUUAAUGAAACCAAAAGCAAAAUACACAAUUUCUAGUACUUCAACAAAUAAUCUU